UCCACCGUCCCACAACUCUCUUCAGCUCUAAGGUGACUGCUCCAGCAUUAGUGCAUAUUUCAGUGUCCAUGCAAAGUUAGGUUUGGUUCUGACCUGAUAACGGCUUAACAACACGUUACCAAACGGAUGGUGUGGAAAUCGAGGCUGUUUCUGUAAAUAUCUGGUGGAAAUAUGAAUGUUCCAAAGGUCCAGAUCUUGCUGGCAUCCAUUCUCUGUAUAUGUUACGGAGAUAUGUCCCAGAGGGAUUUUCAGAGGCUGAUCCUCAACUUGGCCAAGCAGAUGAGCCCGCAGUUGUACAAAGAGCUGGCCCAGGAGGAGUCCGAACAGGCACUCAGAGACUUCAACCACACCUGGAGCAACCUCCCUGAAGAGAUGAGGCAACAGGUGUGGAACAUGAUCAACAGUGACAUGCAGCCGCCUCUGUCCACCUCACAUCAGCUUCCUGCGCCAGUGGUAAAGGAACAGACUGGAGGUCCAGAAUGUUGCUCAAACGAUGAGACUCGGCUGGUGAAGCAACUGUUCACCGGUUACAACAAAGUGGUUCGUCCUGUUAACCACUUCAGUGAUGCUGUAGUGGUUACCGUGGGAUUGCAGCUGAUACAGCUUAUAAGUGUGGAUGAAGUUAACCAAAUUGUGACCAGCAAUGUCCGUCUCAGACAGCAAUGGGUGGACGUAAACUUGCAGUGGAAUCCCGAUGAAUACGGAGGCAUCAGAAAGAUCAGAGUUCCUUCAUCCGACAUAUGGAAACCUGACCUGGUGUUAUACAACAAUGCUGAUGGUGACUUUGCCAUCAUCCAUGAAACUAAAGUGCUGCUGGAGUACACCGGCAAGAUAAUAUGGAACCCUCCAGCCAUCUUUAAGAGUUACUGUGAGAUUGUUGUCCUUCACUUCCCAUUUGACCUACAGAACUGUACCAUGAAACUGGGAACCUGGACAUAUGAUGGCCUGCUGGUUGUAAUCAACCCAGAGAGUGACCGACCUGACCUCAGUAACUUCAUGGAGUCAGGUGAAUGGGUGUUAAAGGACUACAGGGGCUGGAAGCACUGGGUGUACUACACUUGCUGUCCCACCACACCAUACCUGGACAUUACCUACCAUUUCCUGAUGCUGCGGCUGCCUCUCUAUUUCAUCGUCAACGUCAUCAUUCCCUGCAUGCUGUUCUCUUUUCUCACCGGACUGGUCUUCUACCUGCCUACUGACUCAGGUGAAAAGAUGACUCUCUCUAUCUCCGUCCUGCUGUCUCUGACUGUCUUCCUGCUGGUUAUCGUGGAGCUGAUCCCCUCCACUUCUAGUGCUGUUCCCCUUAUAGGGAAAUACAUGCUCUUCACAAUGGUAAUGGUCAUCGCCUCCAUCAUCAUCACUGUCAUCGUCAUCAACACACAUCACCGCUCACCGAGCACGCACACCAUGCCCGCGUGGAUCCGCAAGGUCUUCAUUGAAAUCAUUCCCAACAUGAUGUUCUUCUCAACAAUGAAGCGUCCCAGUCAGGAGAUUCGGCAGAAGAGGCUAUUCCCUACUGACAUGGACAUCUCUGACAUCUCAGGUAAUCCCACCCCGACCACUGUCACCUAUCAGUCUCCCAUUGUUAAAAACCCUGAUGUUCGCAGCGCAAUCGAGGGGGUGAAGUACAUCGCUGAGACUAUGAAGUCAGAUGAAGAAUUUAGCAAUGCGGCGGAGGAGUGGAAGUUUGUUGCCAUGGUUUUGGAUCACAUCCUGCUCUGUGUGUUCAUGGCUGUGUGCAUCAUUGGGACGCUUGCCGUCUUUGCCGGGAGACUCAUUGAGCUCAACACGCUGUAGAGGCCUUCCCGAUGGAGGCAGAUAAUUUUAUCCCAGUCUUCCUCACGCACGGACGGGCAGACACAGGUCGAGCUGAUUUUAAAAUGCUGGUGUUGCCUCGUUACUCGUUGGGUCAUGCUCAAAGCUGUUCUUGUCACGAACAAUGAGUUUUUUGUAUUGUUUUUCUUAUAUUUCUACAGUUUGUGAUUGCUGCCCUCACCAUGAUGGGCUCUAGUAUUUUACACUUAUGUAAAAUCAAGAACAGUAGUAGUUAUUUUACCAUAUUUGACAGUUUGACUUGAGGUUUCUGUGAUUGGGUUCUCUUAAAUGUUAACAUUAAAUUUUGUCUCGGUUUAUUGAAUGCAGGCAAGAUAUUUUCCUCACUGGAAAGUUUUAUUGAUUGAUUUUGCCUGACAUUCAUUUUAACUACUUCUUAAGGUCUUUUCUACUUCAAAUAAUACUCAUGGGAUAGUUGCAAAGUUUGCUUUGUUUGAUUUUCCAAAAUAUGUUGUUUUUAAAUCAAGCACAGCUUUAGUUGUACUUUAAGAUUGUUUCGUCAACUUUAGGUGUAAACACUUCCAUUAAGUUAAAAAAAAAAUUAUAAUCACAGCUGUAAUAUUGGUGCCUGUGCUUCAGUAAGCCAAAACUUGAUUUAUUUUUGCAGCUCUGACAGAACAUUUAUUUUAGUAUAAUAUUUUUCAGUUCUGCUGUCUGU